GUGUAGCUGUAGUAUUUACAGCCCCACUGUCCUUCCCACGAGAAUGCAGUUCUUGUCAUUUGCAUUAUUUUCCCAAAGGUUGCUUUACUGCAACAACUCCGUUUAUGUAAUCCUGCUGUGAUAGUCUCUCCUGUAGUAUUUUGCAUUAGUGUCGCGCAGCGAGCUGAGGAAAGAGUGUGCGCUCCGUUCACGCGAGUAAUGCCGUCUACGAUGGAGGGCUCGUCGGAGGAAGGUGACCUGUUUACCGUCAAACACGAACUCAGAAACGCCAAUCUGACUGGUCACGUGGAGCGUGUGGGCAUUGAGAACUUUGAGCUGCUGAAAGUGCUGGGAACAGGAGCCUACGGCAAGGUGUUCUUAGUUCGUAAGGUGAGCGGCCAUGAUUCGUGUAAGCUGUAUGCCAUGAAGGUGCUGAAAAAGGCCACUAUUGUGCAGAAGGCGAAGACGGCAGAACACACACGCACGGAGAGACAGGUCCUCGAGCAUAUCAGACAGUCUCCUUUCCUGGUUACACUCCAUUAUGCCUUCCAGACAGACACCAAACUGCAUCUCAUUCUAGACUACGUGAAUGGAGGUGAGCUCUUCACACACUUGGUCCAAAGGGUUCGCUUUAAAGAGCAAGAGGUUACCUUGUACAGUGGGGAGAUUGUACUAGCACUGGAGCACUUGCAUAAGCUAGGAAUCGUCUACAGAGAUCUAAAACUUGAGAAUAUACUUCUUGAUUCAAACGGUCACAUUGUGCUGACGGAUUUUGGCCUUAGUAAGGAAUUUCAUGAGGUGGAGAGGACUUAUUCCAUCUGCGGCACUAUUGAGUACAUGGCGCCUGAGAUUGUAGCGGGAGGAGAGUCAGGACAUGACAAGGCGGUGGACUGGUGGAGCAUGGGAGUUCUGAUGUAUGAGCUGUUGACCGGAGGCUCUCCUUUCACUGUCGAUGGCAAUGAGAACUCUCAUUCUGAAAUUGCAGAGAGAAUUAUGAAAAAGGAUCCUCCAUUCCCCAAAGACAUGGGGCCUCUGGCCAAAGACAUUAUCCAGCGACUGCUAAUUAAAGACCCAAAGAAGAGGCUGGGCUCUGGCCCCUCAGGGGCCCAGAAUGUGAAAAGCCAUCCAUUUUACCAGAAAAUGAAUUGGGAGGAUUUAGCUGCUAAGAAGGUCCAAGCUCCUUUUAAGCCUGUAAUUCGCGAUGAGCUGGAUGUGAGCAACUUUGCAGAGGAGUUUACGGAGAUGGACCCGACCUACUCUCCAGCGGCACUUCCAAAUAACUGUGACCGCAUCUUCCAGGGCUAUUCCUUCAUGGCUCCCUCCAUCCUUUUUAAGAGGAAUGCGGUGAUGGACGACUCGGCUUUGCUGUGCGGCGGGUCAGAGAGGCCGGGCUCUGCUGCUGUUGCCCGUAGCGCUAUGAUGAAGGACUCGCCGUUCUACAUGAACUAUGAGAUGGACCUGAGGGAGAACGCUCUGGGAGAGGGAAGCUUCUCCAUCUGCAGACAAUGCACUCACAAGAAGACCGGACAAAAAUAUGCUGUAAAAAUUGUCAGUAAAAGAAUGGAGGCACAAACGCAGAAAGAGAUUGCCGCUCUCAAACUCUGUGACGGACACCCCAACAUAGUCAAACUACAUGAAAUCUACCAUGACCAGCUACAUGCAUAUCUUGUUCUGGAGCUCUUGCGAGGUGGAGAGCUGCUGGAGAGGAUCAGAAGGAAGCAGCACUUCAGCGAGACGGAGGCUAGUCGUAUCAUGCGCAGACUAGUGUCUGCCGUCAGCCACAUGCAUGAUGUUGGCGUGGUGCACAGGGACCUCAAACCAGAGAAUUUGCUCUUUACUGACGACACUGAGAAUUCAGAGAUAAAAGUUAUUGACUUUGGCUUUGCACGGCUCAAACCCCCCGACAAUCAGCUCCUGAAGACUCCCUGCUUCACUCUUCAGUACGCCGCACCAGAAAUCCUGAACUACGAUGGUUACGAUGAGUCCUGUGACCUCUGGAGUUUAGGAGUCAUUUUGUACACCAUGCUAUCUGGCCAGGUCCCAUUUCAGUGUCAGGAGAAGAGUCUAACGCACACCAGUGCAGAGGAGAUCAUGAGGAAAAUCAAAAAAGGAGACUUCUCUUUUGAAGGUGAAGCCUGGAGGAAUGUGUCCAACCAGGCCAAAGAUCUGAUACAAGAGCUGCUGACGGUGGACCCUAACAAGCGGAUAAAGAUGUGCGGCCUACGCUAUAAUGCCUGGCUGCAGGACGACAGCCAGCUCUCCUCCAACCCUCUUAUGACCCCUGACAUCCUGGGAUCUUCUACCAGAUCAGUGCACUCUUGUUUCAAAGCCACCUUCAAUGCCUUUAAUAAGUGUAAGCGGGAGGGAUUCCGACUUCAGACGGUUGACAAGGCUCCUUUGGCCAAACGCAGGAAGAUGAAGAAGACCAGCACCAGCACAGAGACCCGCAGCAGCUCUAGCGAGAGCACGCACUCCUCUUCCUCUUCCUCCCAGUCUCAGGAUAAGACGCCACUGGGCGGAGAGACGGCCAUCAUUCCCCAGGCAUCCGUGAGCACGCCUCUCACUCUGGGCCCUGACGUUGAGCCUUCUCAGGGCGAACUCCAGCUUACAGAGUGAUAGGACAUAACUUUCCCACUGUCUCAUUCUUUCUCCUCACACUCUGGCAAGGGUGUACAACUCCAGAAUUUGCAUGUGGGGACCAACUCAAAUCCAUCAUUAGCAAUAGAUGCACACCAUGAGCGCUGAAGACCGAGCUGGUGUGAACUUCUGGCUCAAGUUCUGCAUGGCUGAAUAUCACUGCAUCCAGUCCAGUGUCUCAAACACGAGAGAGAAGUUCACUUUGAGGAGCAUCUAGACCUUCCACUGAUGGAGAAAGAAGAAAAGCCGGCUUGUGCAGUGUCCUGACAGACCAGGCGCUUUGCUUUAGGCAAAAAAGAUAAGGAAUAUGUAUUUUAAAUAUAAAUAGAAUUUAUUUAAAUGGAGAUUUAUUGUUUAUACAGACUUCUCUCAAAUUUGGUAUAUAAUAGAUAUUUGGUAUAUUUGACAAACUGGUAUAUACCAAAUAUAACAGCUCCAUUUGUGCUGGGAGCUUUAUGGUGUUGAUUCACAUAUUUAACUUUAAUCUUUGACUUCUUCCAAAAGAUUUUACUGAAGUAGCAACAACUAGGUGUUAUAGUUUCCGUGUUCUGUGUAAAACUCUUGUUUAUGGGCAAGGUAAAAGAGACCGUUUGUUUCACAUUUACGUGUUAUUUGAAUUUACUGUUGAGAUACCUUCCUCAGGUUAUUUAUUUGUUCUUAUAAACUUGAGCUAAUUUCUAAAGAGUUGAAGACAAAGCCACUGGCUGAAGGUGCGGUCACAUUUACCCUUGCUCUGUGAAAUUUUGAAGCUGAAAUCCAAUUUUGUAUUUGGUUCAAGCUGUCACACAGAUUUUCAGCAUUGACCAACAAGAAACUGCAUGGUUUGAAAGUGACUUCUGUAUGAGCAUUUCUGGAAGCAUCGAUACACUAUUGACAGUGGACAAUGGAACAAUGUUUUUUGCUGAAAUUUUGCUAAUGUGACCGCGGCUUAAAAGAGAAAACGCUAGAGGUGUUGACUUGGACGUUGGGUUUCGUUACUUGA